AUGACUGAAGCAAAGAAGGAGCGGAUCCUCCAGAAAAAUGCAAGAGCAUUGAUUGAGCGGAACAGAAGAGAGACUACUUGGAUAUUCGACAACGACAACUACCUGCGUUGGUUUGCGCAGGCGGAUUCAGCACUGCUCGGCAUCUUCGGCAUACCAGGGUCGGGUAAAUCUAUUCUCGCCUCACAAGUCAUUGAUACCCUGUCAUCUUCGUACGAUGGGGAAGCAAAUUUAUGCUAUUACUACUGCGACUAUGCAGACUGCCGAACGUUAUCAGCGUAUACCAUCAUUGCCACGAUACUCCGUCAAUGGCUAGGCCACCCCGUUGGGCAGAAAGUAGGACUGCAAGAAUGGAUCAUCGAUCAGUUCUAUGAACAGCAAUUUCGACCACCAAUCGACGAUCUCAUCUCCAAGGUCCUAGAGGUCCUGGCCGAAUCGACUGAAGUGUGCCUUGUGUUGGACGGCCUCGAUGAGCUGGAUGACGACGAGCAAGUUAUCCUGGCCACGACCAUGGCGAGGCUAUUGCAGGUCAAUCAAUGCCAGGUGAAAAUUGUUGCAUCUUGUCGAGGAGAGUCAAUGAAGCGAAAAGUGUUUUGGUAUUCGGGCUUCUCUGUUACUAUGUCGCCACAGGAACUAGGCGGGGACAUGGAAGUCUUCGUGGAACAUGCCAUCGACAAAAAGAUCCAAGAUGGAGAGUUAAAUCUGAACAACGUGCUUCUAAAACAGGAAGUUGUUGCAAAGCUGACUGAUGGCGCGCAAGCUAUGUUUCUGUGGGUGCACUUCCAGAUUGCGGAGCUCUGUGAAGCCAGGAGCGAGGAUGAAAUACGAAGAGCCUUGACAGACCUACCAAGAGACCUUUCGAAGACUUAUCUGCGAAUCGUAACCCGCAUAUUCGGUUCAAAAACAGCAUUCUCUACAGAAAGAGUGGAGUUGAUAUUCUGCUGGCUGAUGUGCGCUCGACGACUAUUGACCAUCGAGGAGCUAUCAGAGGCAUUGGCGAUUAGGGAAGAUGACACUUGCCUCGUUCGAGAUCGGAUCGUGCUGGAUGGAAAGCAGCUUCUACAAGACUGUGGUAACUUAGUUGUCGUUGAUCCAGAGGACGGAACUGUCAAAUUCGCACACCACACCGUCCGAGAGUUUUUCAUUCGGAGACACUGGGAGCUCAGCAUCAUUGUCAACUUGACUGACGAGGACGAUGCCCAGAACCACAGCAUCCUGCCGGAUGCGAAUUCUAAGAUCGCACGACUUUGUCUGCAGUAUCUGCACUUCAGCGACUUCGAAAGUCAGAUCACAUUACGCUCCGAAAAUCAAACUGCCGUUCCUUUCAAUGAAGGAUUCAUCGAGGCUAUUGUCCCACAACAGCUCUCUCCGAUUGCCAGAACGGUCGCAGACCGCUUCUUCCGACCUACCCACAGAACACGCGACAUAACUUUGAAAUUUCCACAAAAGCGAGAGUACAAUCCACUGGAGCAGAAAUACCAUAUGCUGGACUAUGUCACGGGUGGUUAG